AUGUUUCUUAUAUUUUUAUUAUUAAUACAUAAUUCUAAGCAAGAACACAUAAUCAUUCAUUAUCCACCAUUUUGUGCUUAAUACAGAUUCACUUUCAUCAAAAUAGCAACUUAAUUUAAUCUGACAAUCCUCAACAUCCCCUCAGAGGAAUAAUCAAUAAUUUUACUAAAUAAUUCUAACUCAAUAAUAUAAUAUCAAUGGGAUGUAUUUGAAUUUGAUAUUAAAUAUUGGUUAUCCAUUUAUUUCUAAUAGCAAUUUCCGACACUAAAUAUGCCUGUCAAUUAACUAAAUUAAAUUUAAGAAAAUUUAAUCAUUUUUUAUGGUCUUAAUGAAACAUACUAUACAUAUCUACUAAAUUUAGUUUAUCAAUACCCAUUAUAUAUGAUUUAUUAUGCUAACCCUUAUAAUCAUUAAUUAUAUCAGGAAUUUUUUAUUUAAAACUACUCUAUCCAAUAGGAUUACCUUAUAAUCAGAAGAAAAUAAGAUAAUUAUGAUCAUCUUUUAAUGAUUUAAUUUUUGGAUUAAAUUGAAGUUUUCCUUCAAAAAUAUACUCAUCCUUUUUAAUAGUAAUACUUUACUAUGAAACACAUUGCAUAUUUAAAACAAAAUCAUAAUAAAAGAGUUUUUCUAUACAUUUCCUUUAAUCUUUAUUAAUUUAAAGAAUAUAAAAAGAUCAUCCAAAGACAAUCUGAUAUUUAUAGACAAUCUAAUAUGAACAAAAAUAUUUUAUUUAUCAUUACAGAACCAAUUUUUAUGGCUAAAACAUUAUUAUAACGAUUUUUAUAAAAAAACAUUAAAAAUGGGCCUUUCCUUAUUUAUUUAGAAUUUAAUUAAUUCAAAUUUAGCUUAUUUAACAAAGAAUGGAAUCAAUAUUAUAUUUCUUAAUGGAUAUAACAGUAUAUUAAAAACGAGUUUCAAUCUCAGAUUUUGACUUUAAAUUAAUAUUUACAAUAAAUUCCAUACUUACAUCUAAGUGAGUAAAAAGUGAAAACAGAACUCAAAAAUAAAAUACAUAGUAUUACAAUAUUAGAUUUAAUUUAAUAAAAACCUCAACAAUAAAAUAUUCUAUUAAUAAGAUUAAUCCCGAAUUGUUACAAAAGCUUUAAACUUUUUGCAAAAUUAUCAUCAUUCAAAAAUGAUAACUUAAUUGUUUUAUAUAGUAUAAACUCAUUAAUUUAUAAAUAAUACGAAAUUCUUAUGAUAACUAAAAAUGAAACACUGAUAAUAGAUAAUUUUAAUGAUAAUUAAUUUACGGAAAUAUUUAAAUAGAAUGCGCAAAUUUGA